CUAAACUGAAGUACAUAGUACACCAACUUAACAUGGCGGCGAAUUUGCUAUAGAAUAUUCAAAUUAAAUACAAUGUUUGCACCUCUUUUAAAAUUGUGUGCCAGAGAUGUGAAUGCCGUACAAAUAUCAUUGGUUCGAUAUGGGCAUCGUAUUAGAGGAAAACCGCCUGGUGUAGCAAGAAGUUUGAAACAGCGAUUAGAAGAGAUAAACUAUAAAGAUCCAGCCCUUCAUUUCAAAGUUGAUAUUGGAUUUCCUCGAGCAAAGCCAUCAAGAUCACAAGAACUCAGGGAACGAAUAGCAAUCCUUAAAGCUGCAAAAUCAAAUCCAGAGAGAGAAAGACUAUCUAGAACGAAGCAACUUCAGGUUCCCUUAAACGAAGUUAAAGAUGAAUGGCUAAGAACAGCUGGACCUCUGCAUAUACGGCGUGUUGCAGAACAUUAUGGAGUGUAUGAUGAUCUGUUUGGAGAUGCAUACUUCACUCCACGAGUGAAACUAGAUGUCCACUACAAGCUAACAGAUGAAAGUUACCUUCCAGUUCACCGAGGAAAUGUGAUUAAACCAUCUGAGGCUGAAACUGUUCCUGAAGUGAAAUACAUCGGUGAACCCAGUUCCCUGUGGACACUCAUUCUCACUAAUCCUGAUGGGCAUUUAACCAAACAAAAUGCUGAAUAUGUUCAUUGGUUUGUAGGCAACAUCCCUGGUAAUAAUAUCAGCCAGGGUGAAGUGGUGUGGAGCUACUUGCAGCCUUUUCCUCCACGAGGCACUGGCUUCCAACGCUUUGUGUUUAUCCUAUACAAACAGGAGAGGAAGAUGGAUUACACUCAACUGAAGAAGGUGGGACCUUGCCUGCACUUAGAGGAGAGAACCUUCCAGACACUGGAUUUUUACCGAGAGAGACAAGAUGACAUUACACCGGCUGGACUUGCAUUUUUUCAAAGUGACUGGGACAAAUCACUUACAGAUUUUUUUCACAAUACCCUCAAUAUGCAAGAGCCAGUGUAUGAAUAUGAUUUUCCAGAGCCAUAUCGUCCACCUCAGAAGUGGUUCCCACUGAAGCAGCCAUUUAACCUUUACAUGGAUAGAUACCGGGAUCCCAAGCAAGUGACUAAGGAAUAUCUGAUGAGGAAGCUGAAGGAAGUUCAUCCUUUCAAAAAGCCAGAACCCCGCCCCAUGUUCCCCAAUGCAUUUCCCAUUGACAACAAACGCAUACCAUCAUGGCUUAGAGUAGAAAUAAAGAAAAAUAGACUGGGCUGGGGCAGAAUUAAUGAUGUUUGAAGUGAUGCUGUUUCCUACUGUGGUACACAUGUCUUGGAAUAAAAUAUAAAUAUUUGAUACA